CGUGUCGAAGGAGGAGACGGGAAGGAGAGGAGUGCUCUCCGCUGAUGGGCUAAGGGACACGCUACCACUCAGAAGUCACGAAGGGCGGAGGAAACCUGGUCAUGAUCAGUGCUGCUCCCCUACCUGUGAGGAGGAAAAGUACCGAGUGAACGGCAGAAAACCCGAAAACAGCAAUGUUCUACUUUCGGAGAACUUCUGACCUAGUGGUGCUCUUGAUAUGGGGAGUCUUUGUGGCUGAGUCACAUUGUGCGGCUAUGAAUCAAACAACAAAGAACAGUUCAUUACCUACAGAAGCUAACACUACAGUGUCUGUACAGAUGGGUAAGAAGGUUCUGCUGAGCUGCCCUCCUGUUCCACUGACAAAGGCAGUAGUAAUAACAUGGGUGAUAACCCCCAGAGGCGGACCUGUCUGCAUAAUAGCCUACAAAGCAGACACAAAGGAGACCAGGGAAAACAACUGUACCGACAGGAGAAUCACCUGGGCCUCCACACCUGACCUGAGUCCUGAGCUGCAGAUCACCGCAGUGGCCCUCGAGCAUGCUGGAUAUUACUCAUGUGAGAUAGCAGUAGCUGAUGGGUAUUUCCAACAAGGCCAUGACCUCCAAGUGCUAGUCCCCCCUGAAGUAACCCUAUUUCUCGGCAAAAAUAGAACCGCAGUGUGCGAGGCAAGUGCAGGCAAGCCGGCUGCGCAGAUCUUCUGGACUCCAGAUGGGGAUUGUGCCACUAAGAGUGAACCACACAGCAAUGGCACGGUGACUGUCAGGAGCGCAUGCCACUGGGAGCAGAACAAUGUGUCUGCUGUGGUCUGCUCUGUCUCCCAUUCGACUGGCAACCGGACUCUGUCCAUAGAACUGAAGAGAGGUGGUGGCCAAGCGUUAUCAUAUAUUGAGUACAUCAUCCCAGCUAUUAUUAUUUUGAUCAUCAUAGGAUCCAUUUGGCUUUUGAAAAUCAGAGGCUUCAGAAAAUGUAAAUCACCCAAAUUGGAAGCUCCUCCAGCUGCUGCAGAGGAUGAUAUGGAGCCUUAUGCGAGCUACACAGAGAAGAGCAAUCCACUCUAUGAUACAGUGACCAAGGUGGAGGCACUUCCGGUGUCACAAGAUGAAGCCAAUGGCACAGACUGGCUUACCUUGUCAGCCACUGGAAUCUAGAACAACAACAACAAAAAUGAAUCAAGAGACAUCAUAAUUACUGCUUUGCUCUUCUUAAAGUUCUACAAUGGAAGGAUUACUUGGAAAUGAGCUCUUCUAAAGUUCUUAGGAAAAAGCACAAACAUUCUAAUGGAUUUGUGUUUAUAUACUUCCAUGAUUGGAAAUUUGGAAUCUUUGCUGCUACCAGUUAAUUCUUUGAAAUACUGAUGUAAUUAUUACAAAGAAAGGACAUGGCUAUGGUAAAAUGUCAAACUGUGCAAUACAGUAUGGUGAAAAUGACUUUCCUGAAGAAAUAACUGCAGAAGGAACAAUCAUUACUAAAGAGUUUCUUGUGAGUUUUUCUAAUUUUUUUCUCUGA